UGUAAACAAACAUUACAAACACUAUGUUUUAGGGCAAUGAUUUAAGAAAAGGAAUAAAAUCUUCGGUCAAUAAUUUAGAUAAAUUAUCAGUAUAAUGGCGAGCAAGUCCGCCAUUGCUAUAGCUGAGCUCAGGGCUCAAGCUGUAGCUAAAGAGAUGGAGCGGAAACAAAACCUCAUGAGGCUGAAAUGGUUCGAACAAAAUUACGAAAAGGUGUUCAAGAAUCCAGCUCUACCGAAAGAAAAGAUCCCGAAGAAAGCUGCAGUGUUGUAUGAGGAGUUGAGAAAAAUGAGGAAGGAGCGUUUUAAGGCCGAGAGAGAGGCCAAGACGAAGCCGUGUGCAACUAUCGACGAAAAGGACAUCGACAUUGAAGCAAUCAUGCAUCCAAUGUACCCAGUGCCUCAGGAGAUUAAGGAAACGUUAUACAACGGUAUAAGUCACUAUCAGGAAGGGCGUUACAAGUAUUUAAAACUGAGGAAUAAGUCUGACCCUCACGAAAAAUUCAGACACAAGGAAACCUACGGAUUCGAGUAUGGUUGGAGGAUCCGGGAGACGGCACAGCCUCCCAAGAAGGACUUCUGCCGAAGGACCACAUGGUACCGUAGGAUGAACGGUGCCAUGAACGUGGGCGAUCCUGCACGAAGACCUCCUAAUCCUUCAGGCCAAGUUAUUUCGUUCCCUUUCUUGUAAUAAAAUAUAAUGAGUGGUUCAAGAAUAACAAA